GCCCACUUGGUGCUCCCACCGCGCGCUCAAACCAAGCAAUCGCGCAUGCUCCAGCAAGGCUCGCUUUGCCAGCCGGGCGGCCGCGGGAGCGCCGCAGGCGCGAAGGCCCCAUUGCAAGGAAGCGUGUCCCGCCCGGCGCACCGUCGGUCGCUAAGGGGCGUUCCGGAGACUCUUAGCAACGCGGACAGUGCACGGCCGCUCGCCGAGCCAUGGCUACAGCCAACCCCACGGUCUUCCUAGUGAUGGUGAACGGGCAAGUGGAGAGCGCCCAGUUUCCUGAAUUUGAUGACCUCUACUGCAAGUAUUGUUUCGUUUAUGGCCAAGACUGGGCACCAACAUCUGGCUUAGAAGAGGGAAUAUCCCAAAUUACUUCUAAAAGUGCAGAUGUACAACAUAACCUGGUGUGGAACUUCCCUAUUGAUAUCACCUUUAAAAGUACCAAUCCUUUUGGCUGGCCACAAAUAGUGAUAAGUGUAUACGGACCUGACGUUUUUGGAAAUGAUGUGGUUCGAGGUUAUGGAGCUGUACAUGUGCCUUUUACUCCUGGCCGACACAAAAGGACUAUCCCGAUGUUUGUACCAGAAUCAACAUCUAAACUGCAAAAGUUGACAAGCUGGUUCAUGGGACGAAGGCCUGAAUACACAGACCCCAAGCUAAUAGCUCAGGGAGAAGGAAGAGAAGUUACAAGGGUUCGCUCCCAGGGAUUUGUUACCCUUUUGUUGAAUGUGGUAACGAAGGACAUGAAGAAACUAGGCUAUGAUACCAGCACUUUGGACAUGCAGACCUCUUCAGUAAUAGAUAUGUCAGAAGGCAUUCUGAAGUGAUUAUGAAAUAUGACCCAUAUCCUUUAACUUAAAUAACAUUUACCUUUCAAUAUGUCUAUAUCCAAUCUCUUUUAAAGCCAAACUGCAGAUGUAUUCUAAAUUUUACUGUUGUUUUGUUUAUUUACUUAAGUGUCAUUUUAUCUAUGUCACUUUGAAGCAACAGCAUCUGUAAACAAAUAUUUUUAUAUAAUAAAUGAUUUUAUUAUUGAAGAA